AUGGUUCAAAAGAGCAGCCCUGAGGAUGAUGACAGGAAGGUCCGAAGGAGAGAAAAAAACCGCGUUGCUGCUCAGAGAAGUCGGAAGAAGCAGACCCAGAAGGCUGACAAGCUCCAUGAGGAAUAUGAGUGCCUGGAGCAGGAAAACACAGUGCUUCGGAGGGAGAUCGGGAAGCUGACGGAGGAGCUGAAGCACCUGAGCGAGGCGCUGAAGGAGCACGAGAAGAUGUGCCCGCUGCUGCUGUGCCCCAUGAACUUCGUGCCGGUGCUGCGGCCGGACCCUGUGGCCGGCUGCCUGCCCCGGUGAAGCGCAGCCAGGAGCCUUGGUCCUUUCCACGCCUGGGAGCAGGGCUCCUCCGCAUCUGUGUACAAGGGGACCCGGGGCCAGGCCUCCUCCAUUGUUUCCUCUUCCUGAAGAGGUCGUCUUCUAUCUCCUCGGGCUGUUUUGCGGAUCAAGGGUCUUGCUUGCCCGUCCUGGCCAUCUCCCCCACAGCCACAUCCAUGUUAGAUGGGGAGGCGCCUUGCCAGGCCUCUUCCUCGGAGCUCUGGGCUGUGUCCCACAGGCACCUGACUCUCAGAGCCUUGAGUGGACCCAGGUCGGGAGACCACCCUCAUGACUCACUUCACUUCCACUAUGGCAGCUACUAGGUUCCGCUGUUACGCAGAAUCGUUUCCUCUGAUGAUGGAAUUUGGAUAAUAAAGAUGG